CACACAAAGCGACACACAGAGACUCACUUCCAAACCACGCACACACUGCACAGACACACGGAUUACACAACACCAUUGACACAUACACACAGAUUGCACAGACUCACUGACUCACACAUCACACUGAUUCACCGACAAACACAGCGAGCGCGCGGCCGAGUGGACACGCGGUGGACACGCAACUUGAACGCCCAGCAGCAGCAGCAGCGACCUGGGAUCGAACAUCCCUGGGACAUCCUCCGACUUGUGCCAGCCACACAGCAGAGCCGUUACCGGUACGAGUCGGUCUCUCACGGUCGCAGUCGCCGAGAACCACGGUGGCGUUCCUCGCGGGGUUACACAUCAAGUUGCCGGAGACUAAAAUAUCGUGACCUCCGGGGACAAGAGGAGCGAUGGGAAACACGGAGUCUGGAGCAGAGGAUGUGGUGUUCGAGGGACCGGGAGCCCCGGAUAAAGACCUUGACGGAACGAUCAAGCUCAAGUCGUAUGUGCAGCGCUCCAGCCUCACUGACUCUGAGCUGCCGCCCUUGAACGGCACCCACGACGCCCAGGUGGGAUCCGGCAGCGGCGGCGAUGAUGGCGGUGGCGGAGCGAAGAAAGGAAAAGUCCUCUCGGAUGAUGACAACGGCAGCGUGUUCGUCGACCCCUCCACCGAGGAAGGGAAGGAGCUGCUGCACCGCACGCAGGCGCUCGCCGCGCAGGUGCUGGAUGACGGUUCCGGGAAGGCGGGGGGCAAGCUGCCGGGGUCAGCGCCCGGGGUCGCCGAGGGUCAGCCUGCCGGAACAACUGGGAAGGGCACGGCGACGCGAAAGCCGCCCCUGCGACUCUUCUCCAGGGACGCGCCUGGGGUCGCGGGCCCCGAGUCCCCGUGCGGCGAGGACAAGGCGGACGGCGCUGCGCCCGUCCCCGCCGAACGCUCCCCCCCUCUCUUCAAGCGGCUCUUCUCCCGCGACGCCCCCGAGCGCGACGACAACACCUUCAAGAACAGGCCCUCCGAGUCCUACGACCUCGAGUCCGUCGAAGAAGACGUGGCGUCCGCGAACGACUCCGACCCCAAACGGGGCCCACAGGGGAAGAGCGCGGAGGUGCCGAUCGUCGGGAAGACAGCCGCCGCAGCCAACGCUGCCCCCGACGCCAAACCGCCCGGGUCGCCGCCGUUCUACAAGCGUCUCUUCUCCCGCGAUGCCCCGGCGCGCUCCGACAACACCUUCAAGGGACGGCCCUCGGAGUCCUUCGACCCAGCGUCAGUGCCGGAAGGAGACGACGAGGGUUCCUCGGCGGAGGACGACUCGAAGGGUCGCGGUGAUCAGCGGUCGACCUCGGAUGAGAAUAGGAAGUCGGGCUCGUCUGCAGAUAGGGCUGUUGUGGAUGGGGCAAAGGCCGGUGGGGAAGUUGGGAAGCCCUCAGCUGCAAGAGCCCCGACGGAGAAUGCUCCACCUCCUCCUCGGGUCAACGGCAAGGAGAAGAAGCAGGCGUCGGAGCUGGAGGAGGCAGCCAGGCCGGUGGCACAGGAGGAGGUGGCGGUCGUGAAGCAGAGCAAUGACUCGCUGGAGGCCCCGGUGCAGGGCAAAGGCACGGCCCCCGUGGGUAAAAGUGCAAUUUCCCCAGGCAGAGAUGAAGUAGCCUCUCCGGGCAAAGAUGGAGUCUCCAAAGGCAAAGAUGGAGUCUCCCCAGCCAAAGAUGGAGUCUCCACAGGCAAAGAUGGAGUCUCCCCAGGCAAAGAUGGAGUCUCCACAGGCAAAGAUGGAGUCUCUCUGGGCAAAGCCGUGGCCCCCGCGAGUAAAGAUGAAGCCGCCGUAUCCCCUCCCAAGAGUGGCGGUGCGGAUGAAGUGAAGGGGAAGGAAGAGAAGAAUGAGGGCGAGGAGGACCUCACGUUCAUAGAGAAGGUGGAGCGGUUCUUCACGGGGAAGGAUGACAAGAAGAGCGAUGGAGCAGAUGCGGGGUCAGAGGGUUCUCCAUCAGAGCCCAAGAACCGAGCGGCACCAGCAGGCAUGAAGGAUGCGGGAUCAGCUGAUGGCUCGGCAGAAGGGAAAGCGAGCGAGAAGGAUGUGGUGAGCACCGCUUCUGCCGACAGCAAGGAGAACCCCAUCAGCAAGUUCUUCACGCAAAUGUCCAAGAAGGAGGACGAUCCCAGCAAGGAGGAGCCGCCUAAAGCCGAGAAGGGGGAGAAGAGUGAGAAGAGCGAGAAAGUUGAGAGCCGAACCUCCGCAGAGGCCAAGGAGAAUCCUGUCAGCAAGUUCUUCCGAGAGCUGUCCAUCAAGGACGACAGUUCAACAAAGGACGACAAUUCCGCCAAGGAGAAGCAGGCCAAGGCUGAGCAGCCCAAAAAAGAGGAGCCGGGCAGUAAGGCAGACGUCGCGACCGAGGCCGGAGGAAAGACGAGCGAGAAGGUGGAGAGCAGCACCACGGCGGAGACCAAGCAGAAUCCCGUCAACAAUUUCUUCCGACAGCUGUCCAUGAAGACUGAUGAACCCAGCAAGGACACGCAGUCGAAAGCGGAUCAGCCCAAGAAAGGAGAGCCGGCCAGUAAGACGGACGUCACAGCCGAGGCCGGAGGAAAGACGAGCGAGAAAGUGGAGAGCAGCACCACGGCGGAGACCAAGCAGAAUCCCGUCAACAAUUUCUUCCGACGGCUGUCCAUGAAGACCGAUGAGCCCAGCAAGGACACGCAGUCGAAAGCAGAGGCCAAGAAGGUGGAGCCGGGCAGUGAGGCAGAGAAGGCUGGAGCAGAGCAGGCAAAGGAGGUGGCCAACAAAACGGAUGGAGGGGCCAAAUCCUCUGAGAGCAAAGAUAACGCCUUCUCAAAGUUCUUCUCUCAAAUAACCAAGAAGGAGGACGACAGCGACAAAGCCACGAAGACAAAAGCAGAGGCAGACAAGGUGGCCGCUCACAAUGGACCACACUCAGCCAGCAAUGGGAGCUCAUCCACCAGCGAGGGCUCACCCUCCAAUGGAAGCUCACCAACCAGUCGGCGCGUGAGGGGCGGUGGGCUGGAUGAGAACCGCGACAAGAGCGUGCUGGGCAUGCUGCACCGAGUGAAUAAGAGGAAAGAGAAGAGACAGGAGGUGUUUGGAGGCAACGGUGAACUCAUCGGCAACGGAGAUGCAUCUUCGAACGAAAUCAUCAGCAGUUCCUGAGCACAAUAACUCAACGAUCCGCACAACUCCAAAGAGCAGAAGGAGUUGUGUUUGACGCCACGUCACCGAUACCACAGUACACAACAGCACCACUGCCUCAUCUUGGCACCACCUGACCCAGACACAACACCGCAGCAGCUUAUACAACUCGAGUACGCAGCAUCAUAGCUUAUAACAAUACUCAGCACACCAUAGCAUAUACCAAUGAAACAUGCAGCACCACAGCAUACACCACUGCCACGGAGCAUAUGCCGUGACUACUACAACACACAGCAACAAUACCACUACGCUGCGAGGUUUAAUAAAGCACAAAGACAUGCAGCAUUGCACGUACAAAAGCUGUGAGCUUUACCCAGACUACCCAACUCAAUCUGGUGGUCUGGACAAGGGUGAGAUCCUUUGUACGUACAAUUCACACAUUUUCUUUGUUCUUGAAUCUGUUUGUUUUCCGGGCGGCACUACAUUUUCUGUUUUGAUUGGUUUUCUCGUCAUUUACAGAUUUGAAUCACUACACCGCUGCAACAUACAGCACCAUAGCAAAUUAUAUUGCAGCGUGCAACACUAUAGCAGAUGCUCCUACAGGGCAAAUAGCUUACAUCACCAUCAACACAAGCACACCGUUUGCAGCCUCGAAAUCAAUUACCAGCCAUUUACGCACAAUACAUCAACAUCAUCCUCGUCGUGUCUUCAUCAUGCACCAUCACAUGUGUAACUUCAGCCGUUCAAAAUAUAGGACAUGCCACCAGUUUUUGACAGCACGUGCGUGAUGGUGGGUCUGUAUUGUCCACUUUCGGCAAACGGGCGGCUUUGCUUUGGUAUUCGUGCCUUGGUGACUGCCACUGAAAAUAAAUUACAGCGACGA